AUGAUGUCGACGUCCCUAGUAGCUCAGCUAUCUGCAAUAGCAGCUAACUCAGAGAAUGCACUAAACCUGAAGGCACAAAAAACAAGGCACUCAAAAUCAUUAUUAUUUGACCCACGGACAGCCGCGUCUCAAAGUUUUGAAAUAUUAUAUGCAAUAUGCUACGAAGGCUUUCAAGAGUUGUGUCUGCUCGACAAUCGAUUUUUCGAGUUUCAACAUGACUUAUUUAGUGAAAACAGUCAAGAGAAAAACCGGUCGCUGAUGUCCAAGGCUCAAAACCUUGAGCUUAAUUCUCGACUAGAGUCAUUUCUCGGCCUUGUUGGCAGUAGACUGAGAUUGGCCCCUGCAAUAAAGGCUGUUGAAUGGUUAAUUCGAAGAUUCCGAGUACACGAAAAUAACACGUCCUUCGUUCUUCUGACAUUUCUACCAUACCAUACUCUUCCGAUAUUUUCCAAUUUAUUAUCAAUAUUACCAGAUCGUAUACCAUUAGAGUUUAAGUACCUUCAGCCUUACAUUCGAUCUUUAACUUUACCCAAGAGGCACACAGUCGUCCAGGCAGCUAUAAACCAUGCUCAAUUUUUGUCUGCAUUCGACUCAUAUGUCAUACAAAUGUGUAAUACUAGUUGCCACUAUCCAGCCCUUCUCUCGUUUUGGGCCGGAAUUAUGACUGAGGCUGUGAGUGGUCUACUAGACAAAGCUAGAUCUGGUCGGAAAGUGGUGGAGGAUCAGAAUUGUCAAGAUGUAAUGAUAAGGAUCUUGCCAACGUUGAAUCAUGGCUUCUCUAUGAAAAAAGUUCCGGACUUUCGUGUCGGAUGUUAUAUGCUGGUCACCGUUAUCGCAUCUAAAAGUCAAUUAGACGAAAAGCUAAUAACAACUAUGAUGGAGGCCAUUGUACAUGGCUGGACGGAUGAAACAAUCAUGCCUGGCUUGGUAUGUCUAUCGGUACUAGCUCAGUACAGAGUUCAAAAGCAAUUGACGAAGAAAGUAAUAAGAGGCUUAAUGAAGGAUCCGAAAAUAUCAAACGCUCUGAUAGAACUUUCCAGGAAACGUAAUGUCGAGAAACUCACGAAUGGCCUCUGCCUUGCUCUCAUAGACCGACUACAGAAAUCUAUGGAUACCAGUGGAUUAAGCUUUAUUCAACAAGCAAUACAAAAUGCUUUAUUAAAUGAAGCCCAGACCAUAAAUAUUGUCAAGUCCUUGAUACUAGUAGCAUAUCAACUUGAAAGUUUUCAAACUGACGUACGUGUUAAAAUGGCGACUUUAUUAGUUGCACUGAUGGAGUUAUCCGGACCCAUGGGAUCCAUUGUUCAGAGUGCUCUCAAAGAAAUUGAUAUAGAUGUUGACGAACUUGAACUCAAGCUUCACAUAUCGAUGCGUCCGCAAUUAGCACAGGUGCUUGAUGGGAUAGAGAUAGAAAAAACUACUCAAGAUGAGACUAUUCCAGAUUGCACAAUGGAUGUUGAAAAUAUCCUCAAAAGUCUCCCAAAUAAAACAGAUGAGAUAUCCUUCUUAUGGAACAACCCCUCACAACUAUACCAAGAUUUAUAUCAAGCGUUUCUUCUCUGUGCCUCAGAUGAUGAGAAUCGAGACAAAUUUGACCAAAUUCCAAUUCUAAGUAAGAGCUCUAUGCCUGACAACGCGCUAUAUCUAAGUUUCUAUAUGCGGAUAUGGUGCGGUCCAAAUCCAAUUUCGGUUAGAGUAUCGGCUCUUGAGAUGACGACACGUUAUCUAUCAGCUGAUACGAGCAAACUGGACUUUCAGGCGAUAAUCCCAUAUUCUAUUGCCAUGCUUAGUGAUCCACACACCAAAGUUAGGCGAGGAGCAGCAAACCUCCUAUUGGUCUUAAGUCAGCUGGCUAAACCUUUUGUUGGAAUUAAAAAGUUAGAAAAAGUUCGCAAAUGGGGUGUCGAUAACAUACACAAUCCAAAAUUUAAAGAUGAUAUGUACUGGAUGCCUACCGAUGUCGCAGCACGGCUUAUUAUUGAGGUAAUCACUCCUGUUCUAGAGGAAUGUGUUUUAGACAAAGAUCAUAUAGAAACUAUUUUUCAAAAAACUCUGAACAGCGCAAGCUCUCAUGAAAUCUCAAAUAAUCAUGAUCAGUUGCGUCUUUCUCAGUCCUCUAGAGUAGCCAUAUUAUCUUUCUUGGCUUCCCAGAUUCUCAGUACCCCUUUACUUACUGUUAAGUUAAAACUACUUGCCUCUGCAAACAAGGUUCGAAGCGUAGGGAGCCUGACAAGGACUAAAGUCUUACUGCCAGCAUUACAAAACUGGUCAUACCUAAGCACAUCUGAAGCUAUUGGAUUGUGUGAAAUUGAGCGGCUAGAACUAACGAUUAUGGAAGAACAGUUCCUCAUGUCCAUUGCUGCCAAUGAAGAAGGAAUCAUCUUUAUAAGUAGCUUAAUAAAAGGAAAUAUGGGAAAGCUAAGACCAACGCUAAUCAAGGCAGUAUUUGGCCGUUUAGAAAUGUUAUGGCCUUCGCUAAAAAAUGGGAGUAGAUGUGACAUUGCCGAUGUUCUCUUAGCUGCCUCUGAAGCCCAAUUAAAUAAAGUUGAAAGCAGUGAAAAUUUGAUAUCCGAAGCAGCAGCAGAUUUCUUGCACAAAGUACCACUCUCGACAGAAAUUUUGCUCCGAUUCCUAAAUAGUUUAUUCUCUUACUUGAAGCUCAUUGAAGUGCCACCUGCGACCAAGAGACGGCGUACAAGCCAUAAAGAAGCUGUUAUGGCUUCUAACGACGAUACGAAGUUGAUAGAAUCCGGAGUCCUCAAAACAACUUUCAUCUUACAGCUUGUAGACGACUCGGGAGCUGAGAAACAUCUUGAGCUUCUCAAGCCUCUGUUCGAUAUAUUAGCCGAAAUUCAGAACUUUAAGAUUCUGGCGGCAUCUGAGCUUGCCUACUUACAAGGUUUAGUCCUUGGGAGCCUCCUAGCUAUAUUGAAAGCCUACCGAGAAAAUCAGAAGCUCAAAUUAGAUUGUUCUUCUAUUAGGGCGGAUCUUCUUGUCGACUGUAUACAAAAGACAACUAGCCUUCAAACUCAAAAUAUCGCACUCUUAUUAAUCUCUUGUUUGGCCGAGAUUGCGCCCCAUCUGGUUCUCCACAGCGUCAUGCCCAUAUUUACUUUCAUAGGAAGCUCGAUGCUACAGCAAAAUGACGAAUAUUCCUCAUACGUCAUCAACCAGACCAUUCGUGGUGUUAUUCCACCACUUGUCGCUUCGCUACGUAAAGAAAAACAAAACCCGGCUACAAGUGCUGCAAAAAUCUUACUUAGUUUCGUUGUUGCAUACGAGCAUGUGCCUUUUCACCGACGCAAGGGACUAUUUUUGUCUCUAAUUCAAACUUUAGGGCCAGAGGAUUUUCUACAUGCCUUUCUUGCUAUAUUGGUUGACAAAUACGGCUGCUCUGAAAGUAUUAAGGACUUUGCAGCUGAAAUAUUUGUCACCUUCAGCGUUGAUAUAGAAUUACAGGCUACUGUCAAGUAUAUCGAGUUGAUUAAAGAUGUCCUGAGCCCCAACCCUACCUACUCAAGUCUCAUACUUGAUACAGUAGAUGAAAUAAACAAAUCUCCAAAUCAGGUAGCUGUCGCCGAACUCAACCUUCUUUCCUAUCUUUUAUCGCGAGAUACUAUUGUAUUGGAAACUGGAAAGAUGUUGGCCAAUGACGACAUGGAAGCAGCAAGAAUUAGACAGGUUUAUUCAACGCUCUUGGAGCAUAUUUUGGCAUUAGCAGAUACGUCCACAGAACAUAAACUUCUGCGCAGUGCGUGUGGUGAUGCUUUAGAAAGUAUUAUGAAUCUACUUUCGACAAGCGAAUUUGUUAAAUCCGUGAAGAGCCUACUAGAUCAGCCUAAUGAACUAUUGAAACGAAAAAUACUUCGAUCGCUUGAAGCCCGAAUUGAUGCAGAAGGGUUAACUGAUAACGCCGCAAGAGAAGCAAUGCUAGGAUUCAUGCCCCAACUUACUGCUAUAAUCCGGGAAUCUUUAGACGUUAGAUACAAGUACACUGCCAUUGCUUGCGUGGACAAGAUUUCUAAAAAAUAUGGAAAGAAGGAUCUUGAGGCAGUAGCUAUAGCUGCUGAAACAGUUGCCAGUCAUCACUGUUUAGGUCAGCCAGAUAUCAGGUUAAGGGUCAUGGCACUAUUAUCACUUGCGUCUCUACUCGACAUACUAAAAGAGAGCUGCAUUUCUAUUCUUCCUAUCGCAAUACCGAAAGCUUUGGAUUACUUGAAAGAAAGCCUGCAAAUAAUAUCUGAAGCUAGCAAGCUUCAAAACGCUUGUUAUGCGUUUUUUAAUGCUCUUGCUCAACACUUGCCUUACAUGAUCUCUGGAGUACAUCUUUCUCAGUUUCUCUCUAUUUCAAGUGCGGCUGCAGGAUUAGAUGUGGAUGAUACAAAGAGUAGUAGAGCUCAAUGUCUAUCUCUUGUUGCUAAACAGAUGGACCCUAAAAUCCUAUUCCGCUCAUGGGAGCAGAACUGGAUGAAUGCAAUUUCUCUUGGUCCUUUGGCAAUUCAUGAAUAUCUUCAGAUACUUGGCAUCGCUAUUGAUCACAAGGCAAAAAUUGCAGUCACCAGAAACUCUUCAAUCAUAGCAAACAUCUUUAAAGACAUGUUCGAUGUUCGGCGUCAGGUUAUUACAGAUUCCGACAAACGAUUUUCAAAAGAGUGUCUUCUUGAAAUUGAGUCUGAAAUCAAUGAAAUUGCAAUCAGGAUCAUAUAUAAGUUCAAUGACACAACUUUCAGACCUAUAUUCACGGAUUUAGUAGAAUGGUCGACCGAAAAACUACCCUCAAAAUUUAAGGACGGACAAAUCUUAAGACAGCAAAGUCUUUAUUGCUUUAUGGCUAUGUUUUUUGGAAAGAUCAAAUCUAUUGUCACUAGUUAUGCAUCAUACCUAAUCGAAAAUUCCGUGAAGUUAUUAAACUCUGUCGAUCAAGGAGAUGUCCGAUCUAAGGAACUCUGGUCACGAGUUUUACAGACUUUGACCCAAUGUUUUGAGCAUGAUCAAGACGAAUUUUGGCAGUCUCCGUCACAUUUCGAUGCUAUUGCUCCCGUUCUUGUUGCACAAAUUUCGAAUGCUCAAAAUUUGCCAAUUAUUCAAGAGCUUGUUCCUACCAUUGUUGAACUUGCUUCAGCUGCAGACUCGGCGGACCACCACAGGGAACUAAAUAUAUCUAUUCUCAAACAUUUGAAGUCUCAAAGCUCAAGUGUGAGACUAGCGGCAGUGAAAUGUGAACAAGAAUUAACUGAUAGGCUUGGUGAAGAGUGGCUAUCAAUGCUGCCUGAAAUGCUGCCAUAUAUAAGCGAGUUACAGGAAGAUGAUGAUGAGUUGGUCGAAAAAGAGACUCAUAGAUGGAUUGUAAAAAUUGAGGAGGUUCUUGGGGAAAGUCUAGACUCUAUGCUUCAAUAA